GAAUAACCUGUCAUACUACCUCAAUCAAAUAAUAAUUAUUGAAAUAGUUUCGAAUUUCGUAAUUUUCGAAAUGACGUACCGGUUCCGCAAAAAAACUUUAUUUUUGUGUUUGGUGGUUGUUGUUUUAGAAUAUUGUUCAGGGGAGGAGAGUGGUUCUUUUGAAAAUGUGACUAGUUCAAUUGAUUUCGGAGAUGAUAAAAAUGAAAAAUCUGUAAGUCAGCAGUCUAGCGAAAUGUUUAUGCCAGAUAAUACAACCAUGAAUUCCACAUACUACAGCGUUGAAAAUCAAGAUUACGAUUACGAAGAUUUCGAUUUGCCCAUUUUGGAGAGCGAAACUUUAAGAAAUUUAAAUUUUCCUCACAGUCUGCAAGCUGUUCAAAAAGCGAUGACUAAAAUAUCGAACAAAGAAUGCAUAAAUGACACAGCGAGCAUCCUUCUAGCCAUUUCUAAAAGAGAAAAGUGGGCUUUGGAAUUACUGGAUUCCUUUCCAAAAUUCCCUGAAAGUAUCUUGUACGGGAAUUUCUACCAAUUAGGGAAUUUCGAUGAAUGCAUUGAAGCCAAAAGUUCGGUUAAGACAGAAAAUGACAUAUCUAAAAAUACUAUAACCGGUCAAUAUUGUUUAGCCGAUAUACAUUUUAGUAGAAAAUUGGAAACUAAGGUUAGAACUAAACGGUCGAUGGAAAAUAUGGCUCUGGAGAAAAACAGAGGUUUGUUUGAGGGCAACGUUAUACAUUGGUCAAUCUGUUUACCUUCUUCUUGCGGACCCAAAGAUGCCGCAAUUUUGGUAAACGAAAUAUUUUUUUCAUCUGUCAAGCAUUUUGAAAUCAUUUCCGUUGACGUCGACCCCAAAAAUUGCGAAACCGAAAAGAAAUUACCAAUUACCACCAGCGAAAUUAUUUAUGGAUCAGUUCUUGGGAUUUUCUUGAUGUUCACCCUGUUAGCGACCUUUAUUCACGUAUGGCAUUUGAAAAAAAUCCGCAGAAGUGCCAUGUACAACGUGGACGAGUUAAGGCAAAAACAGUCGAGCAUCCUGAAAGAAGCGGUUAUUUGCUUUUCUGUAAUUAACACUACGGCUAGAUUUUUCCACACGAAACCCAACGAUCUCAAUUUGGAGUCCAUUUGCGGCGUGAAAUUCAUUUCGAUGGUCACCAUCAUAGCUGGACAUUCUUUGAUAUUUUUCUUCGGCGGACCGAUAGCGAACAAAAAAUUUUUUACUGAAGUGUCAACAAGGGUAGAACAUGCCAUUUUUAUUAAUAGUCCCAUAAUAGUAGACACAUUUUUACUACUAAGUGGAUUUUUGAUGUGUCGACUUCUCCUUAUCGAAUUAGACAAGAGAAAGGGCAAAAUGAAUUUUCUAUUACUGUACAUUGCCAGAUAUAUUAGGUUGACACCAGCCUACGCAGUCGUACUGGGAUUAUACACAACAUUUCUGUACAGAAUGGGAUCCGGUCCUUUUUGGGAGUCCAGGAUCGGAGUGGAAAAAGAAAGAUGUGAAAAAUCGUGGUGGCUUAAUUUGUUAUACGUUAAUAACUACGUUGGUACUGAUGAUUUGUGUAUGUUUCAAUCUUGGUAUUUGGCCGUAGACUACCAUCUGUUUAUAGUAGCGCCUUUUAUAAUAUAUCCUUUGUGGAAAAAACCGAGGCUAGGAGAAACCAUAUUACUCUUCUGUACCAUAACAUCCGUUGUUGUUCCUUUCUGGAUCACUUAUAAAGGGAAGCUAGAUCCUACAGUCAUGGCGUAUCCUCCGGAAGUCUCAGAUCUAGCUAGCAAUUUUUAUUUUGUGAAUUAUUAUAUUAAAACGCAUAUGAGGAUCAGUUCGUAUUGUAUUGGUCUGUUUUAUGCCUACCUUGUACAUAAAAUACAGCGUUCCAUGAUAAAACUAUCCACUUUAGUUAUAACCAUUGGAUGGAUUUUCGCGAUAAUUUGUGGUAUGGCGUCAAUGUUCUCAAUCGUGAUAUUUUACGACCCCGAACACUCUGUAAAUAUUAUAGAAAAUGCCAUGUAUGCAUCUCUACACAGAGUUUCGUGGUCAUUGGCUAUUGGAUGGAUUCUAUUAGUGUGCAUUACAGACAAUGCGGGUUUUAUAAAUAAAUUUUUAUCUCACAAGUUUUUUAUACCUGCUAGUAGAUUGACUUACUGUGCGUAUCUAGCAAAUGGAUUGGUGGAAAUAUACAGUGCGGGCAUUGUAAGGCAGCCAAUGUACAUGAGUAUAUUUGAAUUGAGUUGCAAGACCUGCGGACACAUCGUUUUGACUUUCGCUCUUGCCUUUGUUCUUUGUAUAUUUUUCGAAUCGCCCAUACACGGGAUGGAGAAAAUUCUUCUCAAAAAUUUUGACGUAAAAAAAGAUAAGCAGAGAAAUUCCGUACUUUCCGUUGGUGAAUUAUAAUUGUACAUUCAUUGAUUUAAGUGUUUUAUCAAUACUGUGAAAACGAAUCAUGAUAAACUAUUAAGACUUUUACUGAUCUUUAGGUGACUUUAAUAAAACCUAUCGAUUGUUACAUUUUUUAUAUACUUGCCGUUAGAUAUUUAGGUUUCUUUUAUGUAAAGAAAAUAUUUAUUUACUAUUUGAUAAAUGUCAAUUAUCCAAUAUUCGUAGUUAACUCUAAUGUAAAGGUUUCAGCAGGACUGAAAACUAAAACUAAAAAAUUUGCCUGAUGUAAAUUGAACUGAUGAUUAUUAUAAUUACAAAUUUUAUAUAAAAUAAAAACAUUUUUAGGUAGGUAGGUAACAAUUUGUUAAUUUUUGUAGUAAUAUUGAUAUUUUAAAAAAUAUAAAUAUAAUUAUGUAACCA